AUUCCCAAGAUGGUCGCCGCCAACCACAUCGCCUAUACUGCCCCCAUCAACCCAUCCUCGGCCCCUAUCAAGCUCACACUGGAACACAUCUGGCCGUUGCUUCAGCGCAAGAUCCGCCAUGGACAAGACUUUGUCGGGGCUGCUAUCACGACCACCAAAGUGCUGUCGACAUCCACCACUCCAUCAGGCCUACCCCUUACGGUACGGGAGGUGGUGUUUCGAGAGGGUGCGCGCCGCGUCCGUGAGGAGUGCAUCGAGUACGAGCCCGUCAAGGUCGAGUUUCACCAGCCCGACGGCAGCAAGGUGCAGAAUAUUGUCAGCGAAGGGCAAGAUGGCGAGCUGUAUAUGACGUACACCUUCGAGUGGAUGCACGCUGAGCUGGAGGGAGACGAUAUCGCUUUGCAGCAGAAGCGGGAGCAGGAGAAAAGAAUGGCACGGAUGGCAGUUGAGAACACUCUCAAGGUCAUGAGGGAGAUGGUGGCAGAUGGACGCUGGAAGGAAACGGAGUGAAGGGGUUUCUCUCACCGCGCUACAAAUAUAAGCCACAGAUGGACAAAGAAAAAUAUCGGCAAUUGGCAGAACCCAUUGGUACCCAACUCCAUAAACC